AGUUCAUUGUACGCCAACGAGCGAAACAGUUGUGCGCACUACCUUAUUCCAAUUUAAUCAUUUCCUCAAUUUUUCUAAAUAAAAAACAACCGUAUACUUGACGCUCGCAAAGUUGAACUUUCUAUAACGUAUACAAUAGUAGUGAACGUGCAUAUUGAUUGAAAUUACGUUUUGUUGUUAAUGAUUCUCAAACUGCGUGAAUUGCUUACUAUGCCGACCUGCAGUAAAUGCAAAGAACAAGUUGCAGAUGGAGCGGACUGCAGUCUUUGUAAGAGUUGUCUUCACUUCCAUUGCGCAGGUAUCAGUGAACCGGGAUACCGUAAAUUGGGUGAUCGAAAAAUGACCUGGCGGUGUCCAAAGUGUAAACAAGGACAAGGUAAAUCUCCCUCGCAGCCUUCAACUACUAAGCCUUCAGGCCCAAUCGAUCUCGAACACCAAGAGAUAACUCCAACACAAUUGAUGAAGGAAAUCAAGGAUAUUGCAAAUAAACUAAAUUCUCUUGAUUCUAUUGUUGAGGACAUUAAGUACCUGAAGGAUAAUCUCACGCAGCUCCAAAAAUCUAACGUCCAAACGAAAAACGUCAUCCAGGAACUCUCCAAAAAAAUUGUGCACCUUGAAUCACGUGUUAAAGAAGUCGAAUGUGAUAAGGAGAAAGUUGUUUGCCUAUCCCAGAAGGUUGAAAAACUUGAGAUUCAAAUACAGUUUAAAGACCAGUGGGCUCGAUUAAAUAAUGCGGAAAUAAAAGGAGUGCCCAUGAAAAAAGGUGAAAACCUUUUGGAUAUUGUUAUUUCCAUUGGCUCUAAAGUUGAUUUCACACUCUCUAAGAGCCAAAUUAACUACGUCACUAGGGUGCCUAACCGAGAUCCAAACAGCGCUAAGCCUAUAAUUGUAUGUUUCAACAAUCGUUUUGUAAAGGAGGACUUCGUCACUGCUGCCAGAAAAUAUUCGUCCAUGUCUCCACUCACCACCAUUGCUAUAGGUCUACAAGGCAACAACCGUAUCUUUGUGAACGAUCACCUAACUGCCUACAACAAAACUUUACUUAAUAAGACUAAGACUGUUGCUCAAGAAAAAAAUUUCCAGUUCGUAUGGGUGAAGAACUCGAAAAUCCUUGCACGAAAAAAUACCACAUCUCCCAUCAUAUCGAUAAAGACAGAAAGAGACCUUCAAAAAAUGAUAUAAGUUCAUGUCAUGUAUUUGAAAAAGUCGCAACAAAAUAUAUUAAAACUAUUAAAUGUUUUGAAACCACUGGUUGGGUCCGUAUGAUUCAAUUUUUCUAUUGUCCGCAUGAGCUCAAACUCAAGGCAGGUAAAUUAGCCCUAUGCUUAACAAUUUUUACCCGAACAAGCAAUACUAUAGAGUUGAUAACUCGUUACAUAGUUUACUACUUGCUUGUAAUGUACAAACAGAGAAUAUUUUUUCUAUUGAAAAUUUUGCUAUACCCUAUUUUGGAUCACACAAAUAACUUAAAUGUAAUUUUACGGUUAACACUAUUUAAUCGCUUAUUUAAAAAUCUAUAUUAUGUCGGAAUAGUUACAUUUCUUUUCCGAAGGGGUACACUGCGCCCUAUAAAUUGGUUUAUAUUAAUAUUAAUUUUAUAUUUUUUAAAUUAUACCUAUAUAUAUACACUUCUGACACAUUCCUUAUAUACCCUACAGAAAUUAACUAAAGAUAUAAUAUGCUGUUGUCGAAUAAUUACAUAUUUUAUUACAAGUAUACUUAUGACUAGUUUAUGUUUCAACGUACCGCCUCGACAUUUUACACACUUUACUAUAGUUAAAUAUUUAGGAAAAUAUUGUUUUUGUUAUUGUAAAUAAUAUCUUUAAACGUGUACUAUCAGAACGUAAGAGGCCUUCGGUCGAAAACUGAUAAUUUUUGUAGAAAUAUACUAUUAAAUAAUUAUGAUAUUAUAUGCUUGACUGAAACUUGGCUAAUAGAUAGCAUAUAUAGUUCUGAGCUGUUUGAUGACAGGUACAUUGUUUGGAGGCGGGAUCGUAAUUAUUUACGAACAGGACAAAAAUUGGGCGGUGGAGUCUUAAUAGCGAUCAAACGUGAGUUAACUUCUGUUGAGGUAACUGAAUGGCAAUCCUCUGCUGAGGACAUUUGGGUGAGCAUAAGUAUUAACCGAUGUCGUAUACACGUAUGUACUGUCUACUUAUGUAAAGAAAAUAGAGGUAACUCAUUUGACUUGCAACUACGUAAUUUUUGUGACAAACUUAUGGACAUUAUGUUAUCUCAUCCCAAUGACAAAUUUUUUAUUGCUGGCGAUUUUAAUGUGCCUGCUAUUAAAUGGGAAACAAGCCCGGAUAAUUCGGAGAUGACGGCGACUAGCUAUGUGAGUGAUCUUUAUGACUUAUUUAUUAACACCCUGAAUUAUUUAGGAUUACGGCAGUACAAUUGUGUAUAUAAUAUAAAUAAUGUGAUUUUAGAUCUUGUGUUGAGCAAUUCUGACACCUGUGUAAUAGCUUGCGACCCGCUUAUUCCGGAAGAUGUUCAUCACAAAGCUUUAUCUAUUCUUAUAAAAUCUGUUAAGGUCAAUGAACUACCAGUUUUAAAUCAAACCAAAUACAUUUAUUCUAAGGGUAGGUUUGACAAGAUACGAGCUGAAUUAAAUGGCUUUGAUUGGUACUCUCAACUUAAUGUAGACAGUUUGGAUAAUGCGACAAAAUUAUUUUAUAAUAAAAUAUAUGAGUUAAGAAAUUUAUACAUACCGACUAAAACUGUUAAAUGCUCUCGUUACCCGCCUUGGUAUAGUCAGCCUUUGAUAAAGAUACUACGAAAUAAAAACAAAUACCAUCGUAAGUACAAGACCUAUGGCAAUCUAGGUGAUUAUGAAUCUUUUUCAUUUCUACGUGCAAGAGCUAAGGAUGUUGAAAGAGAGUGUUACCGUAAUUUUAUCUCACAAACGGAAAAACACAUUGCUAGCAAUCCAAAGUCGUUUUGGAGAUAUGUUAAAUCCUACAAGAAUAAUCAGUCAUUUCCUAGCAAUAUGUCACUGCAAAAUGAAACAGCUGUGAAUGGACAACAAAUAAGUGACUUAUUUGCAAAAUACUUUCAUUCCACAUUUUCCUCUCCGUACGGUAAUUUUCAUGCUGGUCAUAUGACUAUUAAAGAGUUAAACAUUCCGAACUCAGUUAGUUUGAAUACCCUAUGUAUUAAUAAAACUGAAAUCAAUAAAUUACUUGAGUCAUUGGAUCUCAACAAAUCGGGUGGGCCGGAUCUUAUACCACCUAUUUUUAUAGCUAAUUGUUGCAAAGAGCUUUCGGAGCCUCUGUUCAUUCUCUUUAAGCGAUCGAUAGCUGAAGGUGUUGUUCCCAAAAUUUGGAAGCAGGCAUACAUCACACCUGUUCAUAAAAAAGGGAACACCACAAAAAUAGAAAAUUACCGGCCUAUAUCAAAACUAUGUUUAUUUGCUAAAGUAUUUGAAAAGGUAGUAUAUCAACAAGUGUAUUAUAUUAUAUUAUAAGUCUAUUUCCCCUAUACUUAGCGAUUCCCAACAUGGAUUUCUUAUAAAAAGAUCAACUGUUACUAAUCUGAUCCUUACAAAUAAUUACAUUUCAAAAGGUAUGGACAUUGGACUCCAAGUUGACUGUGUUUAUACUGACUACAGUAAAUGUUUCGAUCGAAUAGAUCAUCAAAUCCUUUUAAAAAAAUUGGCAAUGUCAGGUAUACAUGGAUAUCUUCUGCAAUGGUUCUCCUCUUAUAUUGAAAAUAGGUCACAAGCAGUAGUGCUUAAUGGGUUUAUGUCCACUUGGCUACCGGUUCCUUCAGGCGUACCUCAAGGCUCUCUGUUGGGCCCCCUACUAUUUAUUAUCUUUGUGAACGAUAUAGAGAAGUGUUUCUUGUACUCCAAAGUACUCUUAUAUGCUGAUGAUAUGAAAAUACUUAAAUUCAUCUCUAGCACAGAUGAUACUAUAUUAUUGCAAUCAGACUUGGAAAGAUUUGAAACAUACUGCAAUAUAAAUAAACUAGAUUUAAAUGUAUCUAAAUGUUUUUUUGUGUCCUUUACAAGGAAAAGCGAUACAAUCAAUGGCGGCUAUCAAUUGAAGGGUACCUCUUUGGCUAGGGUAUAUGAAGCUUGUGAUCUUGGAAUAAUUCAAGAUUCUAAACUUAUCUACGACAAGCAUAUAUCUAGCAUUAUAACUAGGGCAUAUAAAGCCAUGGGAUUUGUCAUCCGCUGUUCUUGUGCCUUCAACAGCCUAAAGACGAUAAAAAUUCUCUACUGUUCAUUUGUACGUCCUAUUCUUGAAUAUGCAUCACAGGUCUGGAACCCACAAUAUGAGGUUUAUAAGUCUCGUAUUGAGGGUAUCCAGAAAAGGUUUCUAAAGUAUCUUGAUUAUAGAGCGCAUACAGAUUCUCAGAACUAUGAAGAGAGGUGCAAACGAUAUCACUUUCUUCCUUUGUCUGUUCGGCGUAAUAUUAAUGACGUAUGUUUUUAUCUAAAAAUUUGCAAUGGUUCAAUUUACUCCCCGGAAUUAUUAUCUGAUGUUACUUUAAAUGUUCCAUUAGCAAAUAAGAGGAAACGCAAACUUCUUUACAUAAACAGAGCUCAUACGAACUAUAGACGUAAUUCUUUCAUGAUUAGAACUGCUAAAUUUAUAAACUCGCUUAAUUUUGAUAUUGAUCCAUUUUAUACUACCCCGAGUGUGGCCAAGAGUACCUUAACCAGUGAAUAUUUUGCUUAAAUUUUUAUAUUAAGUCUUAAAAUAUUCAUAAUACACAUAGCUUUUUAACUUUAAGGUACCUAUUGUUAACUAGUUAAUAUAUCUUUGAAUUGUCUUUUGUUUAUACUUUUUAUUUUUAAGUCUAAAAGUGGAAACUUGUAAAUGGCUUAAUAGUAUAUUAUUAUAUCUUUUAUUUAAUUAUAAGAAAUUGCUGUAAGUUUUCCGAAUAAAAUAAAAUAAAAUAAAA